AGAAGUGGAUGUCUUAAGAUAAAUCUAGUUACUUGACCCCUUGGGUGAGGCGGGUAUUGUCAAAUUCUAUGAUUACUUUACUUGGUAGGACUAUCAUUGUAUUUUACUUGAAAGGGUAGCAUAUUCAACAAUUUAAACAGCUUGACAUCAAUCUCCAUGAAUAUAUCCAAUCACACUCACUUAACAUUAAGGAAAUCCAAUCAAUCUUUAAAUAAGUUACUACCUCACUAAUGUUUAUCCAUUCCCAUGGAAUUACACAUACCGAUCUUAAGCCUGAAAACAUUGUUUUUGCCAAUCAACAAAAGUACCCAGAUCAAUUAAAUGAAUAAGAAAAUUAGUUAAACUAAUAGAUAUGGGAGGUGCCACUUAAGCCAAUGAACAUCAUAGUACUGUCAUCAAUACUAGAUAAUACAGAGCACCUGAAGUUAUCAUGCGAUGCGAUACCUGGGAUACAUCAAGUGACAUCUGGAGUUUAGCUUGCCUUAUAGUAGAAUUAUACACUGGUAUAUUCUCAAAACAAACAACAAUUUAGGAAGAGUUUUUAUUAAAGUAGGCAAUAACGAUUUAAUGCAUUUGGCUAUUAUACAAUCUAUCUUUGGACCAAUACCAUGGUACAUGAAAUAGCGAUCCAAAUAUAAAACUAGAUUUAAUUCCCUUCCAAAAGUCUAACCUUAAAAAUAAUUGCAUCAAAUCAUCGAAGAUUAAGAUCUUCUUAAUCUUCUUAACUUGAUGUUUACAAUAGAUCAUCAUUAAAGAAUUACUUGUAAACAAAUUCUAGAACAUUAAUUCUUUUAGAAACUAUUUUGAUUUUUUUGAUUUAUAUUAUUUGUUUAAUUAACUUUACUUAAUUCUCAAAAAAAAUUAUGGUGCGUAGUAAAAUUAAAUUAAAAUAUCAUUUUCAUAAAUUUGAUUCAAAUCUUUAUAAUUUUUAAACGAACUUGUCUAAUUCAAGCAACAGUAAUUUAAAUUAAUAUCAUAAAUACAACAUUACUUUUUUUGCUAUAGAUGCAGACUAUCCAAUAUAAUCCAAUUACUAAACUCAUUUUAAAUGGAGAUACUAGUCCUAUCAAUGAGGAUGACUAAUAAUCAGAUCCUCCUUAAAAAUCCUACCUAAAUCAUCAUAUUGCCCUUGAAAUUUCUAAAAAUAAAAUACAAAGAAGGAAAAAAAGUAUUCAGGUGAUAACUGAUGAACUUAUCUUAUGGAAUAAUUACUUACACCAUAAAUUUUAACACCCAGACCAAGUACAUCAUCAUAGAAAUGGGAUGACUUUAUGAAUCCAGGGAAAUAACUCUAUAGCUGAU